AUGCCGCCGAGCGGCACCGCGCCGCCGCCCGGCUCCGCCGAGACUUUGGACGUGGGCGGCUGGCAGGUCGUCAUCGCCGAUGGGCAAGCGGUGCUUCCCGAAGGCAUGACGCACUUGCCGGACCGUGCGUUCCUUGGCCGCACCUCUCUCGUCUCGGUCGCCUUCCCGCGCAGCCUCGUCUCCAUCGGCAGCCGCGCCUUCGUCGGCUGCUCCUCCCUCGCUGCCAUCAAUCUGCACGCCGGCCUCACCUCGAUCGGCAGCCGCGCCUUCUCCCGCUGCUCCGCCCUCUCCUCCGUCACCCUCCCUGCCACCCUCGCCUCCAUCGGCAACCAAGCCUUCUUCUGCUGCUCCUCGCUCGUCUCCAUCAACCUCCCUGCCGGCCUCACCUCCAUCGGCAGCAGCGCCUUCUACCGCUGCUCUGCCCUCUCCUCCGUCACCCUCCCUGUCGGCCUCACCUCCAUUGGCAACCAAGCAUUCCGCGGCUGCUCCGCCCUGGUCUCCGCCACCUUCCCCGCCGGCCUCACCUCCAUCGGCAGCUGGGCCUUCCAAGAUUGCUCCGCCCUCACCCACGUCACCUUCCCCGCCACCCUCACCUCCAUCGGCAGCCGCGCCUUCUUGGGCUGCUCCUCCCUCGGCUCCGUCGCCUUCCCUGCCGGCCUCACAUCCAUCGGCGAGGGCGCCUUCUGGAACUGCUCCUACCUCUCUUCGAUCACGCUGCCGCUGCCCGAUGGCCUCUCCUGGGCCUUUUACGGCUCCGCCCUGUCCCGCGUCACCGUGCCAACCACCGCCACCAUCCGCCCCUACGCCUUCCCCCCCUUCAACACCUGUGUCCUGCUCCGCCUCUCGCCCGCAAAGAUGCGCUGGUACGAGGCGGCGGACGGGGCUCUGGCCUACAAGCGCUGCCGCCCCCUCCUCUACGGCUGGCUGGAGCGGGCCCAGAUCGGGCUCGGCUCUUAUGGUCCGGAAGGCGCGGCGCGCAAGCGCGACCGCGAGGAGUUCGAGGGCGACUUUGCGCCGCCGUUGUAG